GGGACGCAGCCCCCGGUGCUCCCGGCCCGGGGCUCGCUGGGCAGGUGCCGUGACCGAGGGCAGUGGCCCCGCAGCCCCCGCAGCCAUCUCGGAGGGUCUCGGAGGGGUCGGCGCGGGGGGAGCAGCCCCGGUACCGCCCCGCUGAGUCACCGCCCGCCGGGAGAACGGGGCGGGGCGGGCGCUGGUCCCGCGGCACCGCGCUGGGCGAGCCGGCUGCGAGGUGCGGAGUGGUGCUGAGCCGAACCGUGCCAGCCCAGCCGAGCGGAGCCGUGCGGAGCCGGGCGGUGCCGGGCCGAGCCCGCCCCGACUCCAGGCUCUGCUGUCUCCUUGAAGGCCAAGCCAAGGUAGAGAGCUGUCCGGGAUGAAGGUCCUCUUCCUGCUCCUUCUCUCCCUCCUCCAAGGGGUGGGAGCCAGUGGCCACAGGGGAGAGGAUUUUCACUUCUGUGGUGACCGAAACCAGACCCAGGAGAGCUCUGUCCUCUACGAGCACGGCCCUGCCACCAUCUCCAUCGAGAACACGGCCCAGGCACUGAUCAUAAAAAGGCCCUUUUUGCCAAACAGGAGAAACUCUUACUACAAGUACAGGUUGCCCCCCACCCUGGGCAGGUACCGCUUCUGCAUCUACUGGUUUGAGUCCAACAGGACCCUGCAGCUGGUGUAUGGGAAGCAGAGCAUCCCCCUGGGUGGGGACCCUUCCAGCAGCAUCCCCUGGGGCCAGGAGAGUCAGCAGACUGAAAGAACCAGAGCCCACAUCUUCAAUGUGUCCUAUAUCAUCAAGGGCGGGAAGAACACUUCCCUGGACGCUAAAGCUGAAUACUUCUUCCCUGCCUCUCCAGAGAACAUGCCUGUCUGGGAGCAGGAUGUGGAGGAGCAGCUGACGGCCUUGGACAGCCUCAUUGCCCAGCCCCUGGCAGCAGCCCCGGGAGCCGCGGAGCAGCAGAGGCUCCGCCGCAAACUUGGGGAGCUGGAGAAGAUGCUGGCCAAGGUGGAGCUGGAAGGGCAGAACCAGACCUUUGGGGAGGCCACUGUGCACGCCACCGUCCUGAGGGUCCAGCCCAGUCGCGCUCCUCAGCACCUGACCUUUGCUUCCCAGAGAGAGGAGAGUGGAGAGGUGCAGGGAUUCACAGUGGACCUGCCAAGCAGCCUGUUCUUGAUGGUGAAGGAGGAGGAGGUGGUGGAGCAGAGGGUGCUGCUCAUGGACAUCAACAGGCAGGCCAUGUUCCAGGAUGAAAACAGCAGCCAGGUCCUGGGUGACAAGGUAGUCAGCAUCUCUCUGGUGGACACAGUGGUGGCCAACCUCUCCGAGCCCAUGGUCCUCACUUUCUUCCAUGACCAGCUGCCGAGGAACGUGACCCCACUGUGCGUCUUCUGGCAGGAGGACACCUCUGCCAGUUCUGGGAGCUGGGACAGCUAUGGGUGUACCACAGUGACAGGGAGCAGCCAGACAGAGUGCAGGUGCAACCACCUCACCUACUUUGCUGUGCUCAUGGUAUCCUCUCCAGAGAUCACCUCUGUGCACAGGAAUUACCUGAGUAUCAUAACCUACGUUGGCUGCCUGAUCUCAGCUUUGGCAUCCAUUUGCACCAUUUUCUUCCUCUACUUCAGAAGCAAACAGCGAGACCAGAUCACGAGCAUGCACAUCCACAUGAACCUGCUGGCUGCCAUCUUCCUCCUGGAUGUCACCUUCCUCAUCUCCGAGCACUUGGCUGCCAGCAGCGAGGCCAUCUGCAGGGCUGGGGGGCUGUUUCUGCACUUCUCACUCCUGAGCUGCCUCACCUGGAUGGGCAUUGAGGGCUACAACCUCUACCGGCUCGUGAUCGAAGUCUUCAACGCCUACCACGACCACUUCCUGCUCAAGCUCUUUCUGGCUGGCUGGGGGCUCCCGUUCUUCUGCGUGAUGACGAUCCUCCUGUUUAGCUGGACGAACUACGGCCCCGUCUCCAUUCCCAUCUAUGAAUCCAUUGAUGGCAGAACCACCAACGCAACCAUAUGCUGGAUCACAAGCCCCCUGCUCCAUAACACCGUGAACCUGGGUUUCUUCAGCCUGGUGUUCCUCUUUAACUCGGUCAUGCUGGGGGCCAUGGUACGGGAGAUCCUCCGGCAGAACAAAAAAGGUCACAAGCUCAAGCAUGUCCUGGCCCUCUUUGGGCUGAGCAUCCUGCUGGGCAUCCCCUGGGCACUGAUCUUCUUCUCCUUCACCUCUGGUGUGUUCUGCCUUGUCUCCCUCUAUAUCUUCACCAUCAUCAACUCCCUCCAAGGUUUCCUCAUCUUCCUCUGGUACUGGACCAUGGUGCUGCAGGCGAGGAAGUCCCCUGACUCUCAGAGCAGCUCUGACAGUGCCAAGCUGCAGCCCAGCAGCAGCUGAGUCCCGUGGUGGCCGUGCUGUGCCAGAGCUCCCCAUGCCAAGGACGGCCACAAGAAGGACCACACCAUCUGCUUUGCUACUGCACUUGCCCUGUAGUGCCACCGGGAGCCCAGAGACCCACAGUGGGGCCAGCCACCCUCCCCUCUGCUGGCCCCCUCCUCAAUUUUCUCAUCCUGACUGGCUUGGCAUCCUUGGGGCAGGAGGGAAGGAGGGAGGGAGGGAUGCUUACUUGGGUAGUGGGGGCUAUAAAAAGUGGAAGGGGCAGGGCCAGGGUCCCCAGUGCCUUUGGAUGUCCCCUCCCACAUCCUGAGGCCAGGGGUUAUGAGGGGAAAGGCCCAGUUUUCAGCCCUUGCUGAUGGUCACCAUGAGGGUCCUUCCCCAGGGAAGACAGGAUGACUCUGCCCCUGCCACACUGUCAGGCAGCUGAAAUAAUCUAUUUUUGUUACUUUGUUGAAUGUCUACUAUGGGUGAUGUAGGAGUUCAGUGAGCAUGCCUGCACACCAGAUUUGUGCCCAUUAAAGUUGUUUCUCUCGGA